AUGUUGUGUAACCUUGUGAAUAUGGCCCUGUGGGGACGUGGCCCCUGCCCCUUUCCCCUGCUCACCUCCUCCUCUCCUGCCCGCAGCAUCUCCAACAAGGAGCUGUCAGAGCUGAUCGAUCAGCUGCAGAAGAAUGCCGACCAGGUGGAGAAGAACAUCGUGGACACGGAGGCCAAGAUGCAGAGCGACCUGGCCCGGCUGCAGGAGGGCCGGCAGCCCGAGCACCGGGACGUGGCCCUGCAGAAGGUGUCGGACUCGGAGAAGCUGCUGUACAUGCUGGAGGCGGACGCGGCCAUCGCCAAGCACAUGAAACACCCCCAGGGGGACAUGAUCGCCGAGGACAUCCGUCAGCUGAAGGAGCGUGUGACCAACCUCCGUGGGAAACACAAGCAGAUCUACAACCUGGUGGUGAAGGAGGUGGACCCACAGGUCAACUGGGCGGCGCUGGUGGAAGAGAAGCUGGACAAGCUGAGCAGCCAGAACUUCGGAACAGACCUGCCGCUGGUGGACUACCAGGUGGAGCAGCACAACAUCUUCCACAACGAGGUCAAGGCCAUCGGGCCCCACCUGGCCAAGGACGGGGGCAAGGAGCAGAACAGCGAACUCCAGGCCAAGUACCAGAAACUGCUGGCGGAGUCGCAGGCGCGGCAGCAGCACCUGAGCUCCCUGCAGGACUACAUGCAGCGCUGCACCAACGAGCUGUACUGGCUGGACCAGCAGGCCAAGGGCCGCAUGCAGUACGACUGGAGUGACCGCAACCUCGACUACCCCAGCCGCAGGCGUCAGUACGAGAAUUUCAUCAACCGGAACCUGGAGGCCAAAGAGGAGAGAAUCAAUAAGCUGCACAGUGAGGGAGACCAACUGCUAGCUGCUGAGCACCCUGGGAGGAACUCCAUUGAGGCUCACAUGGAGGCCGUGCAUGCAGAUUGGAAGGAGUAUCUGAACCUGCUCAUCUGUGAGGAGAGCCACCUGAAGUACAUGGAAGACUACCACCAGUUCCACAAAGACAUGAAGGACGCUCAGGAGCUGCUACGCAAGGUGGAUUCAGACCUGAACCAAAAAUACAGCCCUGACUUUAAGGACCGAUACCAGAUUGAGUUGCUGCUGCGGGAGCUGGAUGACCAGGAGAAGGCUCUGGACAAGUAUGAGCACGUGGUGCAGGGCCUGCAGAAGCGAGGGCAGCAGGUGGUGCCCCUCAAGUACCGCCGGGAGACGCCGCUCAAGCCCAUCCCCGUGGAGGCCCUCUGUGACUUUGAGGGUGACCAGGGCCUGAUCUCAAGGGGCUACAGCUACACCCUGCAGAGGAACAACGGAGAGAGCUGGGACCUCACUGACAGCGCGGGAAACACGCUGACCGCCCCAGCCGUCUGCUUCAUGAUCCCCCCCACCGACCCCGAGGCCCUGGCUCUGGCCGACAGCCUGGGCAGCCAGUACCGGAGUGUGCGGCAGAAGGCAGUCGGGACCAGGAAUGCACUCCAGCAGCGGCAUGAGGUGCUCAAGGCAGAGAACCCUGGAGACGCCUCUGACCUGCAGGGACGGCAGCUGCUGGCAGGCUUGGACAAGGUGGCCAGUGACUUAGACCGGCAGGAGAAGGCCAUCACAGGGAUCCUUCGGCCACCGCUGGAACAAGGCCGGGCUGUGCAGGACAGCGCCCAGCGGGCCAAAGACCUCAAGAACAUCACCAACGAGCUGCUGCAGAUCGAGCCUGAGAAAGCUCACAGCACAGCCGAGUGCGAGGCCUUCGUGCAGGCCCUUCCGGGCAGUGGCAGCGCACCCUUGCUGAGGACCCGGGUGGAGGACACUAAUCGCAGAUACGAGCGCCUGGUGCAGCUGCUGGACUUGGCCCAGGAGAAGGUUGCUGUUGCCAACCGCCUGGAGAAGAGCCUGCAGCAGGGCUGGGAGGUGCUGGCCACAUAUGAGAACCAGCUGACCCAGGACGACACAGUGCCCGAGAGUGGCCGCGCCCUGGACAGCAAGAGGCAGGAGCUGGCGGCCAUGGCCUCCGAGCUGCAGGCCCAGAAGUCCCUCCUCAGUGAGGUGGAGCAGAACCUGCAGGCUGCCAAGCAGUGCUCCAGCUCCCUGGCCAGCCGCUUCCAGGAACACUGCCCUGACCUGGAGCGCCAGGAGGCCGAGGUGCACAAGCUGGGCCAGCGCUUCGACAACCUCCGCCAGCAGGCUGAGCUCAGGGCCCAGAGCCUGCGGAGUGCCAAGGCUGCCUAUGAUGACUACCGCAGUUGCUGCGACCACAUGCUCCAGUUCUUGUCCAACAUCCCAAGCUAUGAGCCCCAGGAGACAGACAGCCUUAACCAGAUGGAGACCAAGCUGAAGAAUCAGAAAAACCUGCUGGAUGAAAUAGCAAGAAGGGAACAGGAAGUUCAGAAAGUCUGCGCUCAUUCCCAGCAGUACCAGCAAGCUGUCAAGGACUAUGAAUUAGAAGCAGAGAAACUAAGGUCCCUUCUUGACUUGGAGAAUGGAAGAAGCGGCCACGUGAGCAAAAGAGCCAGGCUCCAGUCCCCUGCUGCCAAAGUGAGGGAAGAGGAAGCGACCCUUACUGCCAAGUUCACCGAAGUUAACGCCAUCAACAGACAGAGGCUGCAGAACCUGGAGUUUGCUCUGAAUCUACUGAGACAGCAGCCAGAGGUAGGAGUGACCCAUGAGAGUCAGCAAGGGAGCCAGCCGGGCUCCAGAACAGAGGAGUCGUGGAAGAUUCGGAAGGAGCUGGACGAGGAAACUGAGCGGAGGCAGCAGCUGGAGAAGGAAGUCAAGAGUGCCCAGGAGGAAAUCCAGAUUCUGCAGAAUCGGAACCCUCAGGAAGCAGUGGUGAGGAAGGAGGUGCUGAAGAAGGUUCCGGACCCUGCACUUGAGGAGAGCUUCCAGCAGAUGCAGCGGACGCUGACGGAGGAGCAGCACAAGAACCAGCUGCUUCAGGAGGAGUUGGAGGCGCUGCAGCUGCGGCUACGCGCCCUGGAGCAGGAGACCAGGAACGGCGGGCAGGAGUACAUAGUCAAGGAGGUCCUGCGCAUCGAGCCAGACAGAGCCCAGGCCGACGAGGUCCUGAGGCUGAGGGAGGAGCUGGAGGAGCUAAGGCGGCAGAAGGGCACCCGGGAAGCAGAGGCGGUCCUCCUGCAGCAGCGCAUCGCGGCCCUGGCUGAGGAGAAGAGCCGGGCGAGGGAGAAGGUCACUGAGAAGGAGGUGGUGAAACUGCAGAAUGACCCCCAGCUGGAGGCAGAAUACCGGCAGCUGCAGGAGGACCAGCAGCAGGAGGGCAAGCACAGGGAGAAGCAGGAGGAGGAGCUGAGCUUUCUGCAGGACAAGCUAAAGAGACUGGAGAAGGAGAGGGCCAUGGCUGAGGGGAAGGUCACCGUCAAGGAGGUGCUCAAGGUGGAAAAGGACAUGGCAGUUGAGAGGGAGGUUGGCGACCUGAAACGCCAGUAUGAGGACGAGUCUGCCAAGGCUCGUGCCCACCAGAGGGAGAAGAGUGAGCUGCUCCGAAAGAUUUGGGCCUUGGAAGAGGAAAAUGCCAAGGUGGUGGUGCAGGAGAAAGUGCGGGAGAUCGUCCGGCCAGACCCCAAGGCAGAGAGUGAAGUGGCCAACCUCCGCCUGGAGCUUGUGGAGCAGGAGCGCAAGUACCGGGGUGCCGAGGAACAGCUGAAGAGCUACCAGGGUGAGCUGGAGGCACUGCGGAGGCGGGGCCCGCAGGUGGAAGUCAGAGAGGUGACGAAGGAAGUCAUUAAGUAUAAGACUGACCCUGAGAUGGAGAAAGAGCUCCAGAGGCUCCGGGAGGAGAUCGUGGACAAGACCAGACUCAUCGAAAGGUGUGAUUUAGAGAUCUACCAGCUGAAGCAAGAGAUCCAGGCUCUGAAAGACACUAAACCCCAGGUACAGACCAAGGAGGUAGUCCAGGAGAUCCUUCAGUUUCAGGAAGACCCCCAAACCAAAGAGGAAGUAGAGUCUUUGAGGGCCAGACUAUCAGAGGAACAGAAAAAGCAAGUGGACCUGGAAAGGGAGAGGGCUUCCCAAGAGGAGAAAAUCAAACAGAAGGAGGAGGAGCUUUCCCAGGUGAAGGAAAAGGUGGUCCAACAGGAGGUAGUCAGGUACGAGGAGGAGCCGGGCUUGCGAGCUGAGGUGGAUGCCUUCACCCAGAGCAUUGAUGUGGAGCUCCGGCAGAUCGACCACCUGCGCGGGGAGCUGCGGCGGCUACAGCGCAGACGGGCCGAGCUGGAGCGGCAGCUGGAGGAGCUGGAGCGUGAACGGCAGGCGCGCAGGGAGGCCGAGCUGGAGGUGCAACGCCUGAAGCAACGGCUGGCCGACCUGGAAAAGGAGGAGGGGGAAGCCCAAGAGAAGGUGACCCACAAGCAGAAAGUGGUGCUACAGCAGGACCCCCAGCAGGCCCGGGAGCACUCCCUGCUCAAGCUCCAGCUGGAGGAGGAAAGGCACCGGCGGCAGGUCCUGGAGAGUGAACUGGAGACCCUAAAGAAGAAGCUCAUCAACCUGGAGAAGAUGGAGGUCAAGGAAAAAGUGGUCUUCUCCGAAAGCGUCCAGGUGGAGAAAGGUGACACUGAACAGGAAAUUCAGAAGCUCAAGAGCAGCCUGGAGGAGGAGAGCCGGAGCAAGAGGGAACUGGAUGCCGAGGUGGGCCGGCUGGAAGCCAAGCUGUCAGAACUGGAGUUCCACAACUCCAAGUCGUCCAAGGAGCUGGACUUUCUCAGGGAAGAAAACCACAAACUACAGCUGGAGCGGCAAAACCUGGAGCUGGAGACCCGGAGGCUCCAAACGGAAAUUGAAAUGGCGGCAACGGAAACACGGGACCUGAGAAACAUGACCACAGUGGACUCUGGGACAAACCUCGACUCCAGACUAUGGUCCCUGGAGAGAGAGCUGGAUGACCUCAAAAGGCUCUCCAAAGACAAAGAUCAUGAGAUCGAUGAGCUGCAGAAGCGCCUGGGCUCUGUGGCCGUCAAGAGGGAGCAGAGAGAAAACCAUCUGCGGCGCUCCAUUGUGGUCAUCGACCCUGACACAGGCCGGGAGCUGUCCCCGGAGGAAGCCCAUCGGGCUGGCCUCAUCGACUGGAACAUGUUUGUGAAACUCAGAAGUCAGGAGUGCGACUGGGAGGAAAUAUCAGUCAAGGGUCCCAACGGGGAGUCCUCCGUGAUCCACGACAGGAAGUCUGGCAAGAAGUUCUCCAUUGAAGAGGCCCUACAGAACGGGAGGCUGACCGCUGCUCAGUACGACCGAUAUGUCAACAAGGAUAUGUCCAUCCAGGAGCUGGCCGUCCUGGUGUCUGGGCAGAAGUAGGCACAGCCCUGCCCCUCAGUCCCCUGGAAGCUGACGCUGGCUCUCUCCUACCCCAUACCUUCUUCUCCCUGGCCCUGUGCAGGCUCCUAAUCCAUGCGGAGCGGAGCAUGCCACCCAUGCCUUCUCGGCCAAGCUACUCAGAGUAUAGCUCACGUACAAGCAGAAUGGUCACUGGCUGCACCAUCAUUUAACCCAGGUGAGAGACCUGCUUCAUCCUCCAAUGAUUCAAAAUCACAAAGCCCUUCUUUUCUCUCCCUUGUCCUACACACGUCCAUCAACAGACUCCUUGUGGGAAACCUGGAAGCAAUCCGAACACUACUAAAGCACAAGACCACUGAGGCAGACCAGCCCCUCCAUGCAGCAAUGGCCUUCGCACACCAGAUGGGGAAACUCUAGGGCAGAAAGGCCUCCCUUAUACACACCCUUCCAUUCAUCAAAGGACUGGGCCCCUUGGGGCUGCCGACCUGCACUCACACCCCUCCAGGAGUCUGGCUGAGAGCCAACUUUCCCUCAGACUUCUAAUGGUGAGACAGAUCUGGGAUCUGUGCCAGAAAAGGCGCAAAGAAACCAGCACAGGCCCCUCUGUCAGCCUGACUGUCCCAGGAGAACACUCCAUUCGAGACUUUUCUGGUUCUGAAAUUAAAGUGUUUUCGUUGUGGACUGUGUUGCUGUUAGCCUUAGCUUCAGGGCCUUACAAGUCUUGUUUAUUCUCUAAUUGGUACUUAGGUAUACUACACAGUUGAUUUUUCACCAAAUUAAUUUCAGGUUCUCUGUAUCUCCUAUAUUACAUAAGAAAACGGAAAGAAAUAGGGAACUCCACCUUAUAGCGCAAAAAAUAAACACCUGGUGGCUUGACUCUAA